AUGAACCACUUGCUGAAGAGAGUCAGGAUAAGCCUUGGAUCAAGCCAGGUUCUGAAGCUCAUCGGGCCUGCACGCAACAAGGAAGGACAGAAAAUGUACCGAAAGUCUUACAACAAAAAGUCAACAACAUGGAGUGCAUACGAAAUGAAAGAAAAGAAAACCUACUCCUACAUCCCAGAGAUUCAAAAGGCCAUCCUUGCUGUGAGGCUGCAAAGUGCCACCACCCACCUUAGAACUAGUGAGGGCACAUGUGUCCCGGGGGGAUACUGGUCCAAGAAGACUUGA